UACAUGGCAACCUUUGCACCCAGUACAUCUGAAAGUAAGGGAAACCCUUUCCCGUAGUCAGUCCAUAAAAGGCUUUACGUACUACAAAAUGAGUCUGGAAAGCACUCUGGAAACACACUGCUGAAUAUAUACAAGGGGUGUGUUCUAAAGUGUCUUCAUGAUGGAUGAAAAGAGAAGGCGACGAAGUCCGAAGUUAUCGCUGAACCAGCCAGCUUCUCCCAUUUCCUUCAACAAGCUUUCAGUUGCCAGCAGUAGAAGUGCCACUUUCUCCCUGGGUGCACCUCAGUCUGUAUCACCAAAACAGAAGCCAAAGUUCAGAAGAGCAAAUAAAGAGAGGACGAGACCUGCACAACCUGCUGGGAGCAUGCCCCCAACAAGAGCCCCUAUCCAGCACUCAUUCUUAACUGAUGUUUCAAAUGUUCAUGAGAUGGAAGGAGGCCUCCUCAAUUUACUGAAUGACUUCCAUUCAGGGAAGCUGCAGGCCUUUGGUAAGGAAUGCUGCUUUGAAGAGUUGGAGCAUGUGCGGGAAAUGCAGGAGAAACUUGCGCGCCUGCAUUUCAGCCUCGAUAACCAUGUGGAGGAACUUUCUGAGGAUCAGAAGAAAACAACAGCUGACAGUAACCUGAAGCAGCUUCUAAAUAAUCUUGAAGAACUCAGCAGCUGUAUACAAAAACUGCAUUUAGCAGAAGGCCCGGAAACUCCUAGGUCUGCAUCCGCAGAGGACUAAAUGCUGAGAGAUUAAUGGAUGAGAGCGCAAGAUCACAACCGAAAUAGGAUAAAUAAUGUAACAACUAGAGGUUAAUGCUCAAAUAACCUGAACUGCAGAAAACACUAAUUUAUAUUUUUUUAAAACCUGAUUUACUGCAAAUGAAGUGUAGCUGUUGCCUUGACAUGCAUUACAUCUGACCAGAGUCAGUAGUAUCUUAUUUUUGUAGGCUGAUUUGUAAGUGGGGAAAACACUAUUGCCCCUCAUCAGUUAUCUGUGUCUGUGCACUUUAGAGACAAACAGAAUGAUCUGACAUCCUAAUAAGCGGAAUGACUGCUGUUUGUUUCUGCAAGUCUGACUUUGAAGAAGAAAUGUCUGAAAUCUCUCAAACCCCUUAAAAGAUACAAACACAUGCCCAUUUUCUUUACUCUGCUAGGAAUUGAAUAGGUGGACGUCUUCUCUCUCUCUCUCUCUCUCUCCUCCCCAUCCUGUUUAAUGAAAGAAGAGAAAUGAGCCUCAUUACUUCACAUCAAGUUUGCCAAAGAAACUGAGGACAAGUCAUCGGGUGUGGAAUGGUAGGAACGGUCCUUGGAAAUCGGAUUGGCGUACUGCUGGACUGAUUAGUUUGAGCUGGGUGGACAUUAUGAGCUGAUAUUCUUCAUCUGGAAGGUGAAAAAGAUAUUUGCUGAUCCUGACCUCACUUCUGAUACUACAGAGAACUUUUGUUAUUAAACAGAAAUGUGAAGAUAUUUCCCUGCUAGGUUUAAGUCUGAAUAUUAAGCUUGCAGUCUAUUGAUCUAGAAGCUUGGGUGACAUAACCUUGGGUCAGCAUUUCUUAAUGACCAUAACAUCAUCUGGUGAUUUUUAAUGGUAGACAGAGGUGUGAAUUAUGCAUCAGGGAGUCAUAGCUUGUUUCUUAAUAGGCAGCUGUUGUGUCACAUACGAGUCCCUGUUUUCCUGCCAUGUUUGUGCACUUUUGACAAAUGCUAGACUAGGUGAUAGGAGAACCAAAAGAAAAUAUCUGAGUAUAGGUCACUUGUUCAAAAAAAAAAAAAAAAAAAAAGAGUCCUGGAAUCUGAAUAAUUCUUCAUUGAGCACAAUUGCCCAAAGGGCUGGUUCACUUUUAACAGCCCUUCUACUUCCGAGGUCACCACAAAACCAAAAUAUUUUCCCUUCUUCAAAUUGUGAUAUUUUUGGAGUCUGUUAUUUAAAACACUGAGAUGAAAAUGGAACCAUGUGUAGGGCAUGGGGGUCUCAGCUUCCCUCCCAGGGCAAAUACUUUGUGUUUUAUUGUGUGUUUUAUAUAGAAACAUAUGACUUUUGCUUGAUAAACUGUCCAGUAAGUCAUGAUGGAUGACAUCUCUGCUGCAUUGCAAGACCUGCCGUACGAACUAGUGCUCUUCUAGAUGUAUCAGGUAGUUCUGUACCUGGACUUGCAGAUAACCUGUUGGAAUCUGUGCCCCAGACAAGUCACAAUUUAGGGAAUUCGAGUCCUUCAAAAUGUCAUUUAGGAGCAAAAGGUUCAAGUGAUGAAUCUUAAAAAACAAAAAAUAUAUAUAUCAUUGGCAUAUUUUUUAAAUAAACUAUAUAUUUUUCCAUCCUUCCCUUUGACAUAAAAUGUCCUUUCCAUACUUCCUGCUGUGAAACCAUAGGUGGGUCUCUUUUUCCACCAGUGGCAUAGCAAAAUAAAAACUGUUUUCAUUUUCACUACAGAUAUAACAUAACUUAAUUAUAUUGAUAAAGAAACUUGUGGAUACCCUUUCUUUUCAUGUCUUCUGAUAAAGGAAUGUCCGAGUGCCCCUCAUAUCCAGGUUUUCUAACAUAUGUGAAUGUACGGGAGUCCCUGCUCCAUAAUUUACCCUAAGAGAGGAGGAAAUAGGCUCCGCUUCCCUCUUUUUCUGUCCUUUUGUAUGUAUGUACGUUGUGCAGUUAAUGAGAUGUGACCAUAUUUUACUCUGAAUUCAGAGUUUUAACAUCUUUGUGUUUAUUCCUUCUGCUGGUCAUCUGGCAACUUAGUAAGAUGUAAAUCCCAAAUUGUAUUCUCUAGUGCUUUUAUUGCUUGGGAGGAGGAACCUGGUCCCCUCCCCUGAGACCUGUGCACCAGCCAUGAGUAACAGCUGGCACUGGUAACAUUUUCUGUUUUCAGUUAUCAUCUUUUUAGUUUCAGUUUAGUGGUCCUACUCAUGACUUUGAACACAUUUUUAUAAUUUAUUUAUUUAUUAACCGUGUAAAUGAAAAUAUCAUUUAUGAACACUUUUCAUCAAAGACCCACGGCUCAAAACAAUUGUAAAUACAAUGUGUAUGUGAAGCAGAUUAGUGUAACCAAGCAACCAGCAUGCUUUUGGAGGAAAAGCAGAGUACAGAUUUCAAUAAUGAAGAGAGACUAGGAGGACUAAACCCCAAGCCAUGGAAUUAUAUGGUAGAAACCUUAAUCAGCUAAAAACUGUGGUGCUAAAUCGUCUGCACUUACUCUUUAUUUGAGGUCAGUAUACUAACCUAAAUAGAAGGGGUGCACUAUAAAGAUGAUUAUCCACUCCAGUGUACUAACGUAAGUAAAAAGGGUACACUGAGAAGCUGUGUUUUCAUACAAUUGAUUAUCUACUGCAGCUUGCCUCGGACUAUAGCCUUCUUAAGAUGACUACCCCCAUGAGUGUUCAGAUCAAUUCCCACAUCAAAAUGAGAUAAAUGCAAGAUGGCUAUUGUCAGAACCAUAAGCACGAACUACAGAUAAAAACACAAUGGUUGUACAGCACCUCUUCGUUCUUAUCGAUGUAGUGUCGAAUUCACAGCUUUCACUUUAUUAAUAUUACUGUCUAUCUUGUGUCUACCACAUUUUAACUCCUUUACUGCCCUGUCCUAGGAGCUUCAUCCUUAAAGUCACUGUUUUCUGAAAUGCGAAAAGUCAUGAUGUUCUUCGUGUUUCACUGUUGCAGUCAUUACAUUUGGAUAAUCCUGCUGGCAGGUUGCCCUCAGUC